GGCACGCCGUGAUCCCUUCCAAGCUCGGCCGACGAGUGAGAUACUUCAGUCGCUGAUCUAUCUCAUUUUCAACUGAACGUUAAACUUUGCGCUGAAUGCGAACAUGAAUGCGGAACCAAACCAUCACGAUGUACCGCCUAGCCGGCGCAGACCAAAGCCUACCUUAUCCUGUACACUUUGUAGGCGAAGGAAGCUAAAAUGCGAUCGGCAACAGCCAUGCAAAACUUGCAUUGACAGAGGUCUGUCAUUUUCUUGCACAUUUGCACGAAAUGUUCCGCCCCCUCAAGAGUCCAGAGCCCCUAAUGGCAUUCACGAUCGGAUCACUCAGCUCGAGCAGCUUGUAACUUCACUCAUGGGAAGUAAGGACCGAGAACAAACGAGUCCCGUAUUCUCCGUUGCUUCUUUGCCAGACCCCACGAGUGAGAGUAUCAAGACCGAGAUUCCUGGCACGCCCGAUCGUGUUAAGAUAAGUGAUGAAACCACGACCUACACGAACAGCGGCCACUGGACAAGUAUUUUAGAUGGAAUCUCGGAGCUCAAAGAACAUCUCGAUCAAAUUCCCACAUCUGCCCAUGCCCAAGACAACAACGUGGGAGACAUACCUGGUCCCGAUAUUCUCUUUGGCCGCCAACGACAUGCAACCAAGCAAGAGUUGCUUGCUGCUUUGCCUCGUAGAUCUGAAGCCGACCAGCUGGUCGCGAAUUAUUUUGAGUCGAUGAUGACAGCUCCAACUUCCUCAGACAAGUCAGCAAUGCCUUUCCUUUAUGAGAAAUUCUGGACACAUCCUUUCGAAGUCUCUACCAUGUGGCUGGGCCUCUUGUAUUCAGUCCUCUGUAUCGGCGCGACGUUCCAAUUGUCAGAUCCCGAAAGUUACGGGACCAGUGCUCCAGUCGACUCGCUGAACACAGCUCGCAUCGACUUCUAUCGCGAGAAAAUAGUUCAAGCAAUGAUCCUGGCAAACUAUACCAAGUGUCCACCAUGGACAGUUGAAACGAUGAUUGCAUACUUUGGUACUGAGUUUACGCGAUCUUCUGAUACACAAUUCAGUUCGUUUGUUCUCGUCGGAAUGAUCGUACGCAUUGCGCUUAGGAUGGGUUACCAUCGGGAGCCUUCGCGUUUCGCCAACAUCUCGCCGUUCCAAGCGGAACUGCGACGCAGAGCAUGGUUAGUCAUCAUAGCAAUCGAUCUCGUCUCGUCGGCGCAAGUGGGCCUACCGAGGAUGAUGCAACCAUUCAUGUACGACACGCAAGAGCCUCGAAACCUUGAGGAGGAAGAUUUGCACGAAGAUCUUGCCGAGCUUCCUCCGUCAAAGCCAGAGACGAUGUUGACACCACUAUUGUACGCAAUUAUCACGACAAGAGUGCGAACGGUACACGCGAAAGUUAUGGACCUGAUGAACGCGACGUCGCAGCCGCCUUAUCGAGAUUUCAUGCAUGUGGACUCGUUGCUGCGGCAUGUAUACGAUAAUUUACCACCCGCGACUCAGGCCUUGGCUUCCGAGGAUUUUGACAUGGCCACAGAUCCGACAUCAUUGCGACGUCUCUACAUAGGCUUAUCAUUCCUGAAAGCCGAACUCAUGCUACACAGACCCUUCCACUUGCCCGGGCGCACAGAUCCUAAAUAUGACUACUCGCGGAGAGUAUGCUUAAAUGCAGCAUGCUCGAUGUCGAAAUUCAGCCAGGCGGAAAAGCUCUGGACACCUGGCUGGCAGAUCUUCACUAUGAGUUGGUACAUGUCAUCCAUAGUGGCUUCAGACUUCCUGCUGGCUACGACAGUUUUGAUCCUGGAUCUUGACGAAGACUUGACGGCUCCGUCCCCACUCACAUACAAUGGUUCAACAAGUGGACUAAGACUCGAUCGUGGACCACCAUCUCGUCAGCAUAUCACUGAGCGUCUUCGUGGAGCGCAAAGAAUAUGGAAGAAGGCCAGUAAGAGAUCGCAUGAAGCCAGAAAAGCUGCAGAAGCGAUCAGAUUGGUUCUUAGCAAGGCAGAUGCCAGUGAGCAUGGCACUGGUGAAGCUCCCAAAUCGCAAAUAGUGACUUCACAGCCGGACCUGGUUUCGCCUGCACCAUCAUGGGACUUGAACGACUUCACUGAUGAAGCCUCAAGUCGCAACGUUUUUGGCAUGGAUGCCAUGUACGCGAAUCCCUUUACAGUGAACGACAUGCCGAUGGAUCUAGGCCCUUACUCGGACACUUUCAACUGGAACGCGUUCCCGUCCAAUGGCCAGCUGUAUCCGUACGAGCAACAGCCGCAGCCGCCUUUCCAAUGA